UUGGUGAUGCCAUAAAACUGUCCUUUUACAGAUCUUUGAAGCCAAUAGUUAUUUUAGAAUCUUUUGAUGAAAUUCUUUAUUAGUGUGCUUCACUGUCCUAGGAAAUCUAAAUUUAAGACCUUCAUUGUACGUGAAAAAAAAUGACGUCAGCUAACCCGCUUCAGGAAAUCGGUGAAUUCGCCGUACAUGAUACGUUCCGUGAUGGAUUCACGAGCGUCAAGUCUAGCUUAGCCUCUGGUCACGUCUUGGAGGUUAGCGAAAGGCAGUUCUACGCCAAAGAGGACGCUCUUCGUCUGGGAACCGCCCGUAAAAUGCAAGGACUUCAUGCUCCUCUCAGGUUGAUGACAGAGCUCAGAGCAUGCCGGACUAUUGGCCGACUACCGUGCAUGGUUUCCUCGAACCUCAUGCAAGACACUCUUCGCGGGAACGACGAUAUAAUUACAUUUGAUGAUAUUUUCAAUGAUCCGGCUAAUACCGAAAUGCUACGGCACCCUCACGCAGUAAUGGACAAAAUUAAUUGGUCCGGAUUUUAACCGAACAGCAAAGUACAGCGUCCAAGCUAUCGCUUCGUUUAAGCAAAUAAAUAUAUAUACAGAUUUCACACGAAGUUUGGUCACCAUAAA